GGCUUAGAAUUGUGUUAGGUUCAGUUUGCCAGUAUUUAAGUAUGUGUCUGUCGGAAUUUCCUGUUGAUUGCUUAAGAUAUGGUCUGAGAAUUCUAAGGUCUCUUUCCUUAUAUUGAGCUCUUGUCUUUUAAAGGUGUUUUUAAUAUAGUUAAUAUUUGUGAAGAAUGUCGGAGGAGUUUGAGGACAAGGUUAAACACUACAGGGACAUGGGGAAGACGGCCUUCGUCAUUGGAUAUACGGGGGAGUGUGGGAAGGAGCUAGUCAAAGCCUUGUCUAAAAAUAGAAUAUUUAACAAAGUUGUCCUCAUUGGUCGUCGGAAAGUGGAGCUGAACCCUGACCCCGGACCAGAGUUUGAACAGAAAAUUGUUGAUUAUGACAAACUGGAGGAACACACGGAGGCGUUUCAAGGAUGCGAAGUUGGGUACUGUUGUUUGGGGACUACUAAAGCUAAAGCGGCAGGAAGGGAAGGAUUUAUCAAGGUCGAUCGGGAUUAUGUACUGAAAAGCGCAGAGAUUUCCAAAUCUGCCGGCUGUCAACAUUUCAGUGUAGUGACGGCUUCAACUGCGGAUAAAAACAGCAUGUUUCUCUACAUUAAAACCAAGGGAGAAGUAGAAGAUGCCCUGAAGAAGAUGUCGUUUGACAAGUUAUCUAUAUUUAAACCCGCGUUCCUGUUGUGUGAUCGCUCAGAACGUCGCCUAGGAGAACGGGUAACCCAGUUCCUAAUGAAACCAUUGAUUUGCAUGUUCCCCACAUAUAGCGCAGUACCAACAUCUUACGUAGGAGGAGCAAUGGUCGUGGACACGGUGACACCUGGUGACGAGAAACUCAGAGUCCACAACAAUGAACAGAUACAUAGCUUGAUUAAGCAGGACAAGAAGAAUUGAGAUAAUAAACAUCACAAAAUGACGUCAUCGUUUUUCUUUCAAAAUUAUGACGUAUUUUUUAUCAAUUAUGACGUUAUUGUUUUCAAAAUUAUGACGUCGUAGCCUUCAAAAUUAUCACGUACUCUGCUCAUAAUUGUAAUCUUUCAUUAAUAUUUCUUUAUUUUCAGAUAUUUCAUUUGUUUAUUUGUCAAAUUCAGAUAUUACUAGGCUUUGUGAGUUUGUUUAUCGCCUGUCUCAAUAACGUUCUCAAUAACUGUGAUAUAUUUUGUUAUCUUUAAGUUGCAAAAUCUUGUUCCAAAUUAUUGUAAAAUAGAUCAAAUUUGUUCAGCUCACACAUUGUUCACAUGUUUUGCUAGAGUUAUUCCCCUUAAAAAUUUCAAUUCAAAGUAUUUUCACCACUAUAUUUUCGAUAAGUUUCUAUCAUGAUUAAUGUUUUACAUAUCACGCAGUAUGGUUAAUGGUUUACUAGGUUAAGAUAUGUAACGGAGUCAGAGUAAGUUAGCGCCGAGCCUCGUUAAUCCAUGUAUCUUAAUCCUCUGGGAAAGAUAACUAGCUGCAUCAAACACCCUACUUGAGAUUGACUAUCUUCAUGUGAGGGGAGUAAUACUAGAUUGAUGAAAAUGCCAUUUAAUAUAAUCUAGUUCUACUUUCAAUUUAAAACAUAUUCAUUUAUCACAGUAAUCGUCGUUCUUUUCAAUAUUUCAAUAUGUAAUAAAGGUUGUUGUUUUUGUUUACUUAUUUACUUCAUGUAAUCAACUAUGUCCCUACCUCUAUACUAAAUGAUCGGUGAUGUCUUGGUUGAACCAGUAUUUUUACAGUUCAAUAUCCCAUUCAAAACUUUAGAGACGCCUUCGUUUUGUUAUUAUUAGAAACGUUUGUUGUAAAGGCGAACGGCGUUGCAAGAACAGUGUUGUGGAUAAUACUAGUUAUUUCGGAAAACAUAUUAUAAGCCAUUACCGAAAAUUAAAUCGUGAGAAUUUA